AAGUUAGACGUGGCACGGAUAAAAAAGACGCAGUUGAGAAGUUGAAGCAUAGAAUCAAAGCAAACAUCACAAGCAACAAGCGCCAAAACAACAGAGCAGCAUUUGGCUUAAAGGCCUCCUCUUUUUUUGUGUUAGGAUAGCCACGCCUUGCCCGCCGCCACCCGCCCGGCUAGCUUCCCCUAGCACUUCUCCUUUAGCCCAAGAAGUAGCGCUUGUAUAGGCGCACCUAAGGCCUCAGAAUUCCCAUGCCAGCCCGUAAGGGGCUGCUAGCGCCCCAAAAUACAUUCUUGGACACAAUUGCCACACGCUUCGAUGGAACGCACUCAAAUUUUGUGCUUGGCAAUGCGCAGGCAAAUGGCAAUCCAAUUGUUUAUUGCUCGGAUGGGUUCGUGGAUUUGACAGGAUAUUCGCGCGCUCAAAUUAUGCAAAAGGGCUGCUCAUGUCAUUUCCUUUACGGACCGGAUACAAAGGAGGAGCAUAAACAGCAAAUUGAGAAAAGUCUUUCAAAUAAGACGGAACUUAAGCUGGAGGUUAUUUUCUACAAAAAGGAAGGAGCACCAUUUUGGUGUCUUUUCGAUAUUGUUCCGAUUAAGAAUGAGAAGCGCGAUGUUGUUCUCUUUCUGGCCUCACACAAGGACAUCACACAUACGAAAAUGUUGGAGAUGAAUGUGAAUGAAGAAUGUGAUAGCGUUUUUGCCCUUACAGCUGCACUAUUGGGCGCGAGAUUUCGUGCCGGCUCGAAUGCCGGCAUGCUGGGCCUAGGCGGACUGCCUGGUCUGGGUGGACCGGCCGCCAAUGGCACUGAUGGCGAUGCCGAGGCUGGGGAGGGUAACAAUUUGGAUAUACCCGCUGGCUGUAAUAUGGGACGACGUCGUAGCCGAGCGGUGCUGUAUCAGCUAUCCGGCCACUAUAAACCGGAGAAGGGUGGCGUCAAAACCAAAUUGAAGCUCGGCAAUAAUUUCAUGCAUUCAACGGAGGCUCCAUUUCCUGAAUACAAAACCCAAUCGAUAAAAAAGUCACGCUUGAUUUUGCCCCAUUAUGGUGUAUUCAAAGGCAUCUGGGAUUGGGUCAUACUGGUGGCCACCUUCUACGUGGCAUUGAUGGUGCCCUACAAUGCAGCAUUUGCCAAGGCGGAUCGCCAAACGAUGGUCUCCGAUGUCAUUGUUGAGGCGCUUUUCAUUGUUGACAUUCUCUUGAAUUUUCGCACAACCUUUGUCUCGCGCAAAGGUGAGGUUGUCUCCAAUUCCAAACAGAUUGCCAUCAAUUAUUUUCGUGGCUGGUUUGCCUUGGAUUUAUUGGCUGCUUUGCCCUUUGAUCAUCUUUAUGCCUCCGAUUUGUACGAUGGAGAGGAAUCCCACAUUCAUCUUGUCAAAUUGACGCGUUUGUUACGCCUGGCGAGGCUAUUGCAAAAAAUUGAUCGAUAUUCCCAGCACACGGCCAUGAUACUGACUCUUCUGAUGUUCUCAUUCACAUUGGCUGCUCAUUGGUUGGCUUGCAUAUGGUAUGUGAUAGCGGUCAAGGAGUAUGAAUGGUUCCCGGAGAGCAACAUUGGUUGGCUACAAUUGCUUGCCGAACGUAAAAAUGCCUCCGUUGCCAUACUGACAACGGCCGAGACAUAUUCCACAGCCUUGUAUUUCACAUUUACCAGUUUGACAUCGGUCGGUUUUGGCAAUGUAUCGGCAAAUACCACGGCCGAAAAGGUUUUCACCAUUAUCAUGAUGCUGAUUGGCGCUCUAAUGCAUGCCGUGGUGUUUGGUAACGUGACUGCCAUUAUUCAGCGAAUGUAUUCACGUCGCUCGCUCUAUGAGAGCAAGUGGCGGGAUCUUAAGGAUUUUGUGGCCUUGCACAAUAUGCCCAAGGAGUUAAAGCAACGCAUAGAGGAUUAUUUUCAAACUUCUUGGUCACUCAGUCAUGGCAUCGACAUAUAUGAGACGCUACGCGAAUUUCCCGAGGAACUCCGUGGCGAUGUCUCCAUGCAUCUACAUCGUGAAAUAUUACAGCUGCCGAUAUUCGAGGCGGCCUCACAGGGGUGUUUGAAACUGUUGUCACUGCACAUAAAAACGAAUUUCUGUGCACCCGGUGAAUAUUUAAUACACAAAGGCGACGCACUUAACUAUAUCUACUAUCUGUGCAACGGCUCCAUGGAGGUGAUCAAGGAUGAUAUGGUUGUUGCCAUUUUGGGUAAGGGUGAUCUGGUUGGCUCCGACAUCAAUGUGCAUCUGGUGGCCACCAGCAAUGGCCAGAUGACAGCCACCACCAAUAGUGCCGGCCAGGAUGUGGUAGUUCGAAGUAGCAGCGACAUCAAGGCUCUCACCUACUGCGACUUGAAGUGCAUCCACAUGGGCGGUCUGGUGGAAGUACUUCGCUUGUAUCCAGAAUAUCAGCAACAGUUUGCGAAUGAUAUACAGCAUGAUUUGACCUUCAAUUUGCGUGAGGGAUAUGAGAAUCAGGAGUCGGAUAUUGGGCCAUCAUUUCCCCUGCCCAGCAUCAGUGAGGACGAUGAGAAUCGCGAGGAGGGCGACGAGGGUAGUGAGGCAGACAAGGAGAAUGGUGGAACAGGGGUCGGAACAGGGGCAACGCCUUCGCCCUCACCUCUGCAUAGCAUUGGAACACGUUCUCCUCUGCUGGGUAUGAAUAUGGCCAACAGUCCGCGACAUCACCAGCGUUUGCAUCAGCGUGGACGUUCACUUAUAACACUGAGGGAGACGAAUAAGCGAAGAACAUUAAAUGCAGCCAGCAGUUUGGAUCGUGGAUCUUUUGAAGAGCCCGAGCCACUGGAGGAGGAGCCGGCAAAGAGACCUUCGCUCGAACGUUUGGACUCCCAAGUGUCUACUUUGCAUCAGGAUGUUGCCCAGUUGAGCGUGGAAGUGAGGAAUGCUAUUAGCGCCCUACAGGAAAUGACAUUUUCCUCUUCAACAGCUGCAGCCACGUUGCAUGGCUCCAUUAAGUUCCCGCCAGCUCGUUCCAUACCCAAUAUUUGUGGAGUAACUGCCGCUGAGGUGAGCUUAGAUAUUCAUGGACAGCAUAUGAGCACUGCCGAGGCUAUGCAACGCUGUUCCUCGCAUCCGCCUGAGGUUUGGGGUCGUGAAAUGCAAUUGCCAGCCGCCAACACCACCUCUCCAGUCGAAUCUGCCACCAGAACAGCGGCACCGCCGGCUCCAGUAUCAACAACCCCACCAGCUGUAACCACCACCAAUAGCAGUUGCCAGACCGAUUUCUAUCGCAUUGAUUUUCCCACCUUUGAGCGUUUCGUUUUGGCCAAUCCGCGUCUUGUGCUGGGCCUUCUGGGUAUUGAGCCGGCCAUCAAGAAUGAAAUGGAAAUGCUGCAACAAAAGCAAACUGUGCAAAUCUCUCCCCUCAAUACAAUCAAUGAAUGCGUUUCGCCGCCCAAGGAGCGUCCCAUGGCUCUCCCCCAGAUGGAUGAUGAGAAUUCUAAUGACUUUCGUUGGUCCAUUCGGCAUUCGGCCAGCCAUCAAAGUUGCUGCAAGAGCACAGAUCCAUUACUCAGCUCUCCCACCAAUACACAACAGCAGCAGCAGCAGCAGCAACUUCAGCAGCUGCAAGAGCAGCCCAUUAGCAAAAGUAAACGACGACGCAAUGGAGGAGGCAGUGGAGCGGCUGUGGGAGGUAGCAAUUCCAGCUUGUCGAGCAAUAGCAGCAAUAACAGCAGCAGUUCAAAUGGCUCUAGUUCGAAUUGUUUGGUCUCACAGAGCACUGGCAAUCUGACCAGCAAUACCACCACCACCAAUGCGGCGGUGCACUGCAGCAAUAGUAGCCACAGUGUGGCCAGUGUGGCGGCUGCAACCACCAGGAGGGCCUCUUGGAAGUUGCAGCACUCCCGCAGUGGUGAAUAUCGUCGUUUAACAGAGGCUCAAGCAGAAUAUUCUCCGCCAGCUAAGGUACCAGCGCCAUCAACAGCUCCCCUUGGCUACGGUGGGCAAGAGGACGACGAGGAGGAGGAGAGUGUAGAAUUGCUGGGUCCUGGAAGACGGGGCAUGGAUAGUAAACGCUGCUCCACCUCCACCUCGACACGUAUGUUGACUGUGCAGGGUCAGGGCCAGGGACAUGCACAGAAUUUCCGGUUUUCUGCUGGCGAUGCCGACAAAUUGGAGAAGGGUCUGCGUGGUCUGCCAUCCACGCGCUCCCUACGAGAUCCCAGUGUCAAGUAAAAGGAGUCACAACUAUGAUUAGAAGGCGUGGAGAGACAUUUGCGUGAUUUAUUUUUUAAUUAAUACUGAAACACGAAGACGCUUGUACUUUUUAAUAUCUUUAAGAUACACACACACAC